GAACACGCUACCUCGUGCCAUCCGCCAUUCUAGUUUCUCCGCCGCUCGGUCACAAACUCGGCCUUAUAGUUCUCGGAAGCCAUGGGACAGAAACGUCGCCGCUUGGCCUUAUCUUGUGUUGCGUGCCGCCGACGCAAAGUUAAAUGCGAUCGCACAUACCCGACAUGUGUCCGCUGCCAGAAAGGUGGUGUUAGUUGCGACUAUGUAUCAUACACCGCAAAGGACGGCUUGCCAACACCCUCCGAUGAAAGCCCACAUCAACAGCGAGAAUCUUCAGUUGCCUCAUGGACCGAAGAGGCUAACGUGUGGUAUCACCGCUCUAAAGAACGGGACAGCAACGUUCGCACACAGGAAGACGUUACUCCCAAUCCUGCCUCGUCGACCCAACGAGGGCCGCCGCAGACAAAGUCAAUACAGGACCUGCACGAACGUAUCCUCGAAUUGGAAACGCAUCUGGUAGCACGAGCCUCACACUCACUUUCUACGGAGAGGUUCAAAGGUCGGCCGAAUCUGCCAAGUCUAUCAAGCGACAAAACCGCUUUGCAAGAUUUUGAACGAUCUCUACUCCGAGGCCAAGGUUUCAAAACGCAGUACAUGGGUCCUAGUCACGGUGCCAGUCUUCUCUUGCAAUUCGAGGAGCUAUCUGGCUUUGUGAAAGACAUUCUGCACAGACUACCUACACUCCAGAGAGCUAGAAGCGACUGGAAGCAAAAAAGACGAGAGAUCAAACCAUCCAUAGUCCUCCCUGAUCACGAAACGUUGUUGUCACUGAUACCGGAUCAAGCGACCACGGACAAACUCGUACAGCUAUACUUCGAAGUCUUGGAGACCACCUUCCGAGUCCUGCAUGCGCCAACAUUCUUCCGCAGCUACAAAGAAUUCUGGGUAGCCUCUCAUGAGUCACCCACAGCUUUUCUCGUUCAACUCCUCCUCGUAUGCGCAGCGGCCAACGCAGUCCUAUCGAAUAAACCGGCGGCCUUUGUUGGUCCGAGCUCGGUCCAGCGGGACACUGCAACCAAAUGGAUCGAGGUCUGCGAGACAUGGCUUGACUUGCAGAGCCAGAAACAUAUGACUCUUGAAGUGUUUCAAGUCCAAGUGCUGAUCACCGUCGCGAAAAAGAUGAAUUGCGUCAAACUCAAACGUGCGUGGACCGUGGCCGGAUACUUACUGAGGCUUGCCAUGGCCAUCGGCCUACAUCGGGAGCCCACGUUCCUCAACAAGAGAAUCUCACCGUUUGACCAAGAAAUGCGCCGCCGCUUGUGGUUCACCAUUCUCGAGCUCGAAAUCCAAGCGAGUCUGGACCGGGGCAUGUGUGCCAGCCUCGGCCCGCUCGACUGGGAUUGUUUGGCGCCCUUGAAUAUUCACGACGAGGAUUUUGACCAGACCACAGACAAGAUGCCCCCUCCUCGGCCCAUGACCGAGUUUACUCGAACAUCUUUCCUUUGUCUAGCGCAGAGGCAUCUCCCUCUGAGGCUAGAGGUCCUCUCCAGGAUCAACAGCGUUAGAACGUGCAUUGACAGCGAUAACGCUCUUGACCUUGAUCAGCGACUCAGACAAUAUCUGGACGAUAUUCCGCACUGGACGGACAGUCUGGCAAAGAUUGCGUCGCAACCUAUGUCUCAAUUACUUCUCCACGAGUUUCUCUUGCAAAUCCAUCAGCCCAUUGUGGCUCAAGGCGAUCUUCAAGCGCGACUCUUCUUCUCGAGGCUCGCUCGACAGGACGCCGCUCUUUCCACCGUCAGGAUCUACACAGAGUUGCGACCAAAUACUGCCGUGAUGCUGACCAAUCUCCGAGACGAUCUCUUCCGAGCCCUCCUCGCAUUAUGUUCCGUCAUGAUCAUAUCGUUGGAGUCAAAAGACCUGAAGCACGACAGAAAUGCAACGCUGACACUCAUCGAGCGUGGAGUGGACAUUAUGGAGAAUCGGAUCCGGUUGCUGGGCCAAGGAUUUCACUCCUACUGGCUGACCAGCAGCGCUCUAGGGCUUCUACACUCAAAAUUAUCACCGGAAAGGCUGCCAGAAGCACUUGCACAAGAGACAGCCGACAGGGUGGCCGGCUUGCAUCGGUACAUGAUGGAAUUGCAAGUAAAUCCCGUGGAUGGCUUAGGUGACGGUGUUGAAGAAGCCGCCAUGAAUACUGCGAACACCUUGGUUGGUAUGAGCGGUCAACUUCCCAAUGUGGCUAUGCCUGAAUUGGAGCAAUUUGCGCCUAUUGGGGCACAAUUCAACGCUUUCUCAGACACUUUGUUUGACUUUGAUAUGACCGAUAUCUGGGGCUUGCCGAAUUAUCAACAGUUUGCGUAAUGACCAAUUUGGGAACGAAAGCGGUGGCGUCUCAUUGCAACUGGAUGAUAGUAUGGGCAGCCACGGCUAUGUGCAAGGCAGUAAAGGUCAGAACACGUGGAAAUGAUGGAAAAGCCAUGUCUUGUCGUGGGUGACGAGAUGACGAGCACAUCCUCUAUCACGUGCUGCGUGUUUUAGAGGCG